UUUCCAUGUUUGUUUGUUUAUUUAUGAAUAACCUUAGAGUCUAAAGUUCGAAAUUUUUUUAACAGAAAAAUUAAUUGCAACUAAAAAAUUAUUCAAAUGAACUAAACAAAUAAUUUUUUAUAUAUUUUUAUUUCGAUUAAUUAAUUAGAUUUUUUUUUAUAUUCUAUUUAAAGCGAAGCCACACAAAAGUUUAAUUUAAUUAGCAUUAACGUCACUAUAUAAAUUAUCAUUUUCUAAAAAACAAAAUUAGAACUACAAUGGGCACUCGAGCAUGUGGUUUUGUUAUUUUCCGCCGUUUCCGAGGACCCGUCGAGUAUUUAUUAAUGCAGGCUUCAUAUGAACAUCACCACUGGACUCCCCCAAAAGGCCACGUCGAUCCAGGAGAAGACGACAUGCAAACCGCUCUGCGGGAGACUGAAGAAGAGGCUGGUUUCAAACAGGAAGAUUUAAAAAUUUUCCCAGAUGCUAAGCAGGAAUUAAUCUACAACGUCAAAGGAAAACCAAAGACUGUCAUCUACUGGCUGGCAGAACUCAUCAAAGAGACCCGCGACGUUAAAAUGUCCAAUGAACAUCAAGCUUUUGCCUGGCUAACUAUCGAAGAUGCUUGCAAACGUGCUGAUUAUCAAGAAAUGCAACAAGCGUUACGAUCAUUUGAUAAAUAUAUUAAUGAAAAUCUUUUGUAAUUAAUAUUCCAUUAAAUAAAAUUUAAUUUUCCUAUUAAAAAAAA